AUGCGCUUAUCGAAAGUUUUUGUUGGGAUUUUCAUUUACACGUUGUUUGAAAGUUUCGCAAGGACUGCUGCCGGUUAUGGACAGGGACCAUCAAGCUCUGGAGAAACUGAGGAGGUCAACCGCGCCAAGAGAUACCGCGAUGGCACCACAAAUCUGGUCAUAGAGGCCUUAUUCAUUAUUGAUUACUCCGUUUACAUCAAAUGGAUGCAGUUUAGUGGGAACAAUAGAGAUGAAGCCAUUCAGAUGCUGCGGUAUCAUUUUGCUCACAUCGCUUACGGGGUUGACCAAAAGUACCAGUCCAUUGAUACCACUCGAUAUAGAUUUUCAGUAAAACUCGUUGGCUACCACAUUUGCGAGACUCCGUCUGAGUCCUCAUUCAUCGAGGAGACGAAAUUGAACGAAACAAAUUUCGAUAUGGGCGUUGCUCUGAAAAAAUUCAUAAAAUGGAAUGAGAAGCGUGUAUAUUCUGGUCAAAGCUCCCUUCCAGAAUUUGACUUGGCUGUGACAUUUACGAAUUACAAAUCAGGAAAAACGAUGGGGCUAGCCUACCUAGGGACAGCAUGCACCCCGAGUGCAGUUACCGUGGUGUGCAACAGGGGAAUGCAGGACACCACCGUUACAGCGGCCCACGAGAUAGGGCACAUCUUAGGCGCGCCACAUGAUGAAGACGGAAACUCGUGUCCUGAGAGUGAUUUCUACAUAAUGAACGCCAACCACAAUCCCAUCAGCAAGAACAACUACCAUACAUUCUCAUCAGGUGCGCAUGGGAACGGGAUGUGCGGAAAUCACAUGGUUCUCAUGGAAUUCCUAUGGGAAAUGGUAAAACUUAAUUUUUUUAAGAAUGGGAAUUUUAGAAAAUCGCAGUUCGGCACUGAUCAAAACUGCCUGUCAACAUUGCAAACGAAUAGCAAGCACGAGGACCUGACGACUCAUUUGAAAGUUCUGCCAGGAAGAAAAUAUUCCUUAGACGUUCAGUGCCAAUUGAUGUUCGACCUCGAUGCCACUAUCUGCCCUUCCGAAGAUAACAACUACGAAGGCGUUUGCGGAAGAAUGUUUUGUAACGUGCCCCAGCGCCGUGGUUGUGUGAGUAACGGGGGGAGGGCUCUGCCAGGGACAGCGUGUGGCGAUCAGAGGUGGUGCAUGAAUGAACAAUGUCUUGGCACCUCCAUUCGGCCUGCCAGCCAGCCAUCAUCUCGCAGACCGGACAUCUUUUUACCGGACAGUGAUGCCAACCCACCGUCCCAAACCCCCUCCAACAAUGGAUGCACCGAAGACUCGCGAGGUCAGUGGUGCUUAGACGCCAUGGGCAAUGAUGGUAAGAAACGAAUCUACUGCUACUAUUACGUGAGCGACUGCUGCAAAACGAAAAAUGUUUUUGAAAAAUUCAUGGACAUAAUAGGAUCUGAUAACUCUAAUGGACCCGUCAUAUCAAACAGACCGUUGCAAAUUAGUCAACAAAACUUUUAUUGCGAAUUUGGUUAA